CCUGGCUUAUAAGAACAGGCGCUGACCGAGCUGUCCGUUUCUGAGCAGGUAACCAUGAACUUGACAGCUCCUCUGCUGCUGCUGGUCACAGCAUCUUGCGUCGUCAACAGUGCAGUCAUGCCCAAAGCCUUAUGGCAGUUUGGGAACAUGAUCAGCUGUGCCCAACCAGGAGUUAACCCCAUGAAGUACAACGAUUACGGAUGUUGGUGUGGCUUCGGGGGCACAGGAAGUCCACUUGACGACCUGGACAUGUGCUGUUACGUUCAUGACAAAUGCUACGAAAGAAGCAGGAAGAUUCCAGGAUGCCGUGGCAUUGCUGACCUGCCGUAUGUCCUGGUUUACGAUUACACCUGCUCAGAUAACCAGGUCACCUGCUCAGCCACCAAUGAUAAGUGCCAGACUGCGGUGUGCGAAUGUGACCGAAUAGCAGCUCACUGCUUUGCUCGGGCCAAAUACAACCCUGACAACAAGAACCUGGAUCCUAAAAUCCACUGUGUCAACUAAACUGCACAAUGAAUUUGAAUAAAAGUGAAAAAAAAAACACCAGAGA